AUGGAGCACUCUAGCGCAGGUGACAACUCUGAACCGGCCAAGACCACCCCGAACACCUCUAGUCAAAGUCCCCAUGCUGAACCCCCGCUCCCUCUAGAUCUGCCAGAGGCAGAAGAGUCCCAGAUCGCUACUCAGACACUCGCCAACACUCAGCCCUCCACCGCAACCACCGUCACUCCAGCUGACUGGUGGGUCUACCAGAUCCCUUCCCCCACAGCCUCCUACGACGCCGACGACGACUAUGGUAUCGGUGCUGACAUGGACAAUGUCGCAACUCUGGGCGAGGUAGAGGAGGAGCAAACGGAGCAGGAGACAGCCCCCACAUCUGAAACUACAGCUCCUUCACGGCGAUCUACAGGCAGGACUCUCCCUCGCUGGACCCCCGAAGAAGAAUGCGAGGUCCUAGCCGCGUUCAUCACCAGGCAGGCACAGAUCCGGGCGCGCACUGGGCAGCAAGGCCGCAGUUGGUACCCGUUAAUCCAGCAAGAGCUUCUGGAGCAGAAUCCCCGUUGGCGUCACGAUGUAGCAGCGCUCAAAGCGAAGUACAAUCGCAUGAAGGAGCAAUGGCGCAAGAUCAACGAUCGCAGCAAGCGCUCCGGGGUGGACCGCGCUACUGGUCUCCCUGCUUGGUAUCACCUCGGCGAGACUUUAUGGGACACGAUCACGCUCGCGUCUCCGACAUCCGGUCCGCCUGAUUCAGGUGCGACGACGGGUGUCUCGAUCCGCAGUCGUCGCCAAAUCUGGGGAGCGCGCCCGGCGACUGAUGGGAAAGAAGGGUGCAGCCGCAACGCGUGGUAUCAGUAUCCACGCAAAUAG